UUCCUUUUAGACGUUUUGAAGGUGUUUUUUUUUUCUUAAUUUGAAUACAAACCAUCAACAAAAGGACCUUGGAUAUUUAUGUUAAACAUACAAAUCAACUUAUCUCAAAGGAUUUAUUAUAAAUAUCGUUUUGGAUAUAAGCAAAAAGGAUACAUCCAAUAAAUAAUCUGUAAAAAUAAGCAACGAAAUCAUUAAUCCAAAUGAAAGAAAUACAUUAUUUAAAUAUUGGAUACAAAUCUUAACUAUUUCACUCUUCAAAACCUCUCUCGUCACCUGAGAAAAAUUAUCCUCCCACCUGAAGACCCAUCCUAAGCUAUCAUCAUGGCGGGGGAUGAGGCUGGUGAAAUGGAAAAGGGCCAAAUGGACUAUGACAUUGUUAUGUCCGAGGAGUAUGUCCUGAGUGAUAUUGAAAAAAAUUUCAUUCUAGCAGCUGAACGAGGUGAUUUACCAGGUGUCAAAAGAAUUAUCGAAGACCACAAAGGAACUAAAAACUUCAAUCUAAAUUGUUUGGAUCCGCUUAACCGUUCGGCAUUGAUUUCGGCAAUUGAAAACGAAAAUUUUGAUUUGAUUGUUUUGCUAUUGGAGGAGGGCAUCGAUGUUGGAGAUGCUUUGCUUCAUGCGAUUUCUGAAGAAUACGUAGAAGCCGUGGAAGAGCUAUUGCACUGGGAAGAAACGAAUCACAAGGAAGGAACACCCUAUAGUUGGGAGGCAGUCGAUCGCUCCAAGUCAACAUUCACCCCCGACAUCACUCCACUCAUAUUGGCUGCCCAUCGAAACAACUACGAAAUCCUAAAGGUUCUAUUAGAUCGUGGUGCAACAUUGCCCAUGCCGCAUGAUGUCAAAUGUGGCUGUGAUGAUUGUGUAACAUCUCAAGAAACCGACUCCUUGCGACAUUCACAAUCUCGUAUCAAUGCAUUUCGGGCAUUAUCUGCAAGUUCCCUUAUAGCUCUCAGUUCCCGAGAUCCAGUUCUAACAGCCUUUGAAUUGUCCUGGGAAUUGAAACGCCUUCAGGCAAUGGAAUCGGAAUUUCGCGCAGAAUAUACGGAAAUGCGUGCUGACGUACAAUCGUUUGUGUCCUCACUUCUGGAUCAUGCACGUACUUCCUUGGAAUUAGAAGUUAUGCUGAACUACAAUCAUGAGGAUACCCAUGAUGUUUGGUUGCCAGGGACGCGUCAAACAUUGGAACGUUUGAAAUUGGCAAUUAAGUAUAAACAAAAGCAAUUUGUGGCCCAUCCAAAUGUCCAACAAUUACUUGCUGCUAUUUGGUAUGAAGGUUUACCCGGAUUUCGAAGAAAAACUGUUAGUCAACAAAUUAUAGACGUUGUUAAACUUGGAUGCAUGUUCCCUUUAAACAGUAUGAAUUAUCUCUUAGCCCCCGAAUCAGAAAAGGGUAAACUUAUGCGAAAGCCUUUUGUAAAGUUUAUCUCACAUUCUUGCAGUUAUAUGUUCUUCCUUGCACUUUUGGGUGCUGCAUCUUUGAGGGUUGUACAAAUUAUGUUUGAAUUAAUUGCAUUUCCUUGGAUGACAGCAAUGUUGGAAAAUUGGAAGAAAUACGAGCGGGGAUCAUUGCCAGGACCAAUCGAAUUGGGAAUUAUUAUGUAUAUUUUCAGUUUAAUAUUUGGUGAAUUAAGGACUCUCUAUUCGGAUGGUCUGUUUGAGUACAUUUGUGACUUAUGGAACAUUGUAGAUUUCAUAUCGAAUAUGUUCUAUGUCACAUGGAUUCUCUGUAGAGCCACAGCUUGGGUUAUUGUACAUCGAGAUCUAUGGUAUCGAAAUAUAGACCCGUAUUUUCCGCGAGAACAUUGGCAUCCGUUUGAUCCGAUGUUAAUAUCUGAGGGUGCGUUUGCGGCAGCUAUGAUAUUCUCCUUCUUGAAGCUUGUGCACAUUUUCUCCAUCAAUCCUCACUUGGGACCGCUGCAAGUGUCAUUGGGUCGAAUGAUUAUCGAUAUCAUAAAGUUCUUCUUCAUCUACACUUUGGUUCUGUUCGCGUUUGGUUGUGGCCUCAAUCAACUUCUCUGGUACUAUGCUGAUUUGGAAAAGAAAAAGUGUUACCAUUUGCAUCCUGAUGUAGCGGACUUCGACGAUCAAGAAAAAGCUUGUUCAAUAUGGCGUCGAUUCUCAAACCUCUUUGAAACCUCACAAUCAUUGUUUUGGGCUUCUUUUGGUCUUGUCGACUUGGUAUCGUUCGAUUUGGCUGGCAUUAAGAGUUUCACCCGCUUUUGGGCUCUUCUCAUGUUCGGAUCGUAUUCAGUGAUCAAUAUUAUUGUACUGCUCAACAUGUUGAUUGCCAUGAUGUCAAAUUCAUAUCAAAUCAUUUCCGAACGAGCUGAUACAGAAUGGAAAUUUGCUCGAUCACAGCUGUGGAUGAGCUACUUUGAAGAUGGCGGCACUGUUCCACCACCAUUUAACUUGUGCCCAUCAGUAAAAUUGCUAAGGAAGACACUUGGAAAGGAUACUAAUAAGAAAACUAAGAGCUUUAAGCGAAAAACACAAGAAAAGUCACAAGCUCUGCACGACAGAGUGAUGAAGCUACUAAUUCGACGAUUUGUCACCGCCGAGCAAAGGAAACGUGACGACUUUGGCAUAACUGAAGAUGACAUCAUUGAAGUGCGUCAGGACAUUAGUUCGUUGCGCUUUGAGCUGUUGGAAAUAUUCCAAAAUAAUAAGUUCGAUGUUCCUGAUAUUGAAAAGAAGACACAAGCUGCUGCUGGAACAAAGAAGGGAAAAGUUAUGGAAAGACGUAUUUUGAAGGACUUCCAAAUUGGAUUCGUUGAGAACUUGCAAAAGGAAAUGGACGAAAAUAUGGAUAAGACUGUUGACGUAUUCAGUUCGAUUGCUAAAGUUAUUGGCAAGAAACAAUCAAUGAAAGGUGAAAAGAAGGAUUGGAAUGCUAUCGUUCGCAAAAAUACCAUGUCGGCUGAUCCGAUUGGAUCGAAACGAUCUUCAAUGCAACGACGAAGCCAGAGGAGCUUGAGAAGGCAGAUUAUUCAAGAAGCCAAUGAGGGUCUUGGCAUGAACCAAAAUCGACUUGUUGAAUACAAUCCAAAAUUGGGUGAGGUAACGAGGGCAACUCGAGUUGCAUACGUUAAAUUCAUGCAGAAGAAAUUGACAGCUGCCGAAGAGGAAGAAGCAGCCAAAACAACUGCUGAAGGUGCGGCAGCAGCAGGUGCCAAGCCAGCUGGAUCGACGAAGACCGGACCAAAGGACAAAACUGACAUGACAAAAUCAAUGAAAAUGCUUACAUCUUCAGUCAAAGGAAAUGCCCCAGCUCCUCCAGCUGGAGAGAAAGCAGAUGCUAAACCACCGAAACAAAUAGGUAAGGUUGCCGAUUCCACAAAGCCUGUCGGAGCCCCAAAACCAGGUGAAGGAGCUAAGCCUGCUGAUGGAGCUGCUAAACCAGAUGCAGCAGCAAAACCAGAAGCAGCAGCAAAACCAGAUGCAGCAGCUAAGCCUGAUGCAGCGAAAAAAGAUGCCGCCAAGCCAGAUGUUGCAAAACCAGGUGAAGCAGCUAAACCAGAUGCAGCCGCCAAAAAAGCCGAAACUGCUAAAACCGAUGCAGCCAAACCUCCCGAUGCCACAGCAGCAGCUGCAAAAGCUCAAGCCCCAGCUGCUCCUGCUGGAGCAGCCCCAGCAGCUGCAGGUGAUAAGCCUGCUGCUGCUCCUCCAGCCGGUGCGCCAAAUGCCACUACUGCUGCAGACAAACCAGCCGAAGCAGGUGGUGCAGCAAAGGAAGGAGAUAAAGGAAGUGACAAGCCAGCAGAUAAGCCUGCUGAUAAACCCGCUGAUAAACCUGGUGAUAAACCCGGAGCCAAACCUCCAGAGAAGAAAGUACCAGCAAAGAUCAAUGUUGGCCAGAGUAGUGCUGCGGCUGGUGGUGACCGAGGUAAAUCACAGGUAACAGGUCGUAUGAUUUCGGGAUGGCUGUAAGAAGACUGAAACGGAUGCGGUUUUAUUUUUAUUUUUUAAACUAGAUAUCAAUUCAAUAAUAAAAAAUAAAUUAAUACUAAAAUUACAUCAUAGCUAAUUAAUUAAUAAAAUUGAAGAAAAUAAAAAAAUUUACUUUAAAUUGUUGAUGCUACAUAAAAGAUUUCAAAAUUUAAAUUUCUGUCAAAAUUAAUUGCAAUACAAUAAAAAUUAUUUAAGUAAAUUAUAUUUUUGACUUUAAA